AUGGCGGGGAAAAAGGUAUUUGUCACGGUGGGAACGACUCACUUUGACAGCUUAAUCGAGGUGAUGUCAAGUGAGGAGACGCUAGAGAUCCUCCACUCGAAGGGAUAUACAAGUCUUGUCUUGCAAAUCGGUCAGGGACACUUCAUUCCUCCAACGCACCAGUAUCGUGGCGUUGCCUUGUCGUUCUUCCGCCUGAAGCCUAGCAUUGCGGAAGAUUUUGCAGCAGCAGAUCUGGUCGUAAGUCAUGCAGGCGCCGGGUCGUGUCUAGAGGCCCUCGAAGCAGGGAAGCCACUGAUUGCCGUCGUUAAUAACACACUCAUGGAGAAUCAUCAGAGCGAGCUAGCUGAAGAACUAUCCAAAUCUGAAUUAUGUUUCUGCUGCUAUCCAUCCACAGUGCAAGAAACUCUCGCAGAUUUAGACGUGACAAGGCUCAGGGCUUAUGAACCUGGCCAACCCAAACUGGUGGCCAAGCAUCUAGAUAGUGUAAUAAAAGUUCUAUAG